AUGAAACUAAGAGCGAGAUACGGAGGUCAGAAGUCUCUGGUCGAGAUUGAUGAUGAAUCUGCUACAGUUGAGAAUUUAAAAAGGCAGCUCAAUACAUUGUUCAACAUCUGCGCUGCUUCUGAUUACUCGACCAUUCACCUGAGUUUAAAUGGAUCAGAUGUCCUAAAAGUAGAAAACACAGAUUCCCUAACCAGCCUAAAAGAUCUGGGCCUUGUCAGUGGGGACGCCAUUUACGUCAUCGUCACGCAGCAGCCAUCUUGUGGUAGUGGUGGCGGUGGUGGUAGUAAUGAUACAGGGAAGAGUUUUGAUAAUGAUGUUGAAAUGAGAGAAACCGCUGAGAACAAAUCAGACCAACUGUUCAGCCUGAUGUUUCAACCUGAUAACACCACCACAACAACGUCACAUCAACAUCCACAACAACAACCACAACUUCAACAACAACAACAACCAAAACAACAACAACAACAUCAACAAAACAUCAACAAAACACCUUUGUUACUAAGAGAAUCAACGGAAAAUAAUUUGCCAAUGUCGUUGUUGAAUGUGUGGCAGCAGCAACAACAGCAGCUACAGCAACAGCAGCAGCAACUAUCGUCAUCGUCAUCAGGAACAACAACUUCAACAGUUCGUUCUAUUUCUAUACUCCUGCAUGUUUUGUUGACUGAAAAGGGCUUUGAAAAGAUUGAAACUCAGGCAGAUGAUGAUGAUAUCAUUGAGAUAGUUUAUCGUUAUCGAAAUGUUCAAGAGUCCACAUUUCAUCUCGUUGUACUUAGUGUAGUGAGCAACAUCAUGGUUUACUGGAUUCAAAACAUGUACAAGGUUAGGAAUUUCUGUCAUUUAUCUGACUCGUUCUAUCAGUCCAUCAUUCAUCCAGCUCUGCAGCACAUGCUGAAAGGGCGUACAUGCAUUCGAUCCUGGUCAUUGCGUGGUAGCAAGCCUGACCACAAUGGUCAGUUACGGCAUACUUACCGUUUGGGCUACCAGCUGUUUCGUGAAGAUGAUAGCAAACUGUUGAGAAUGUUGGAUCUGAGAAGUCUGCUGCAUCUCUCGCAAGUCAACAAGCAGUGGUACGAUGACGUCAACAACAACAACGAACUCUGGUGGGGACUCUUUAGCAGACAUUUCGGCGGGCUGGAAGAAGACGAUGCUGACAUCAUCCGUGCGUUGGACUGGCGAGAGCAAUUCAAACAAGCGUUUAUCCAACGAAAAGAAGAAGAGAGAGUGAGAAAGGAGAGAGAGAACCUAAGGAAAAUAAAGGAGUUCAUCCCGCGCAACCCCCUCCCAUUUCCUUUUCCCCUGGAACGUCCCGGUCAUUAUCACGGAUUUCCUGGGAUAAUAGGAGGUGCCUACGACAUGCAGCCAGAUUUCGCCUCUGUACCACCGUCUGGCUUUCCUAUUAGAUACGGCUACAGUUCUUCUCAUUUCGCCCCACCUCAACCACAACAACCACAAGGACGCCAUGAUGCUGACGCAGACGACGGCUUCAACGGUGGUUUCGCGCCAAGAUUUUUGGGCGAUAGAAGAUUCUUCGAAAGCCGCGGUGGUCGUGGUGGGGGCAGUUUUUUUGGGGGGUUUGGCGGGCCCAGAUAUUACUAAUUUGCACUUUGGGGGAAGGUAUUUCGCCAGUUGGUCCUAUUUUGAAAUGCGUUUUUUACACUUAUUGUCGUCUUUAGAUCGCUGCUCUUUUGGUGGUCCCAGAUUCUGAUUGGGGGUAUUUGUUUUGCCCCACAUGUUGCUACUCACACACCUAAUUUGCCCUGUUUUUGAAACGUGGUUUGAUUUAUAUUCUCAUCAGCCCCAGUUGUCUUUGGUGAUGGUGUCUGCUGGUCCCUGUCACAUUAUAACAGUUGUUGUUGUUGUUGUUUAUUUAUAACGUCACUGUUGUUGUUAUUAUUUUCACCAUUAUUAUUUGUAUUAUUAUUAUUAUUAUUAUUUUUUAUUUUCCUUGAAAAAAAAUUUUAUCGUAUAAUCAUUAUAACUUGAAGUUAUGGAGUAAUGAUGGAAUGUUUGGUGGAGAGAUUUAACUGGAUUGACUUUUGUUUUCUUAUUAGCCAAUCAAUCAAUUAAUCAAUUAAUCAAUCAAUCAAUCAAUCGAUCAACCCAUUAAUCAAUCAACCCAUCAAUCAAUCAGUAAUAAUUAUUUGUUCAUUCAUUCGUUCGUUCAUUCAUUCAUUCAUUCAAUCAUUCAUUCAUUCAUUCAUUCAUCCAUUCUUCAUUCAUUCGUUCGUUCAUUUAAUUCACGUAAUAAUUAAAUUUAUAGUUCGUUAAUAAUAACCAAUAUAGUUUCUUUUCAAAAACUGAAUAAACUUAUUCUAUUCCUCUUGAUAAGUAAAUGUUAUGUAGUAAGCUUAUUGAUAUCUAUAUUACUGCAAUAUAAAACUCGCUUUAUAUUUAUAACAAGUACACUCACACACACAAACAAACACACUCACACACACACUCAUAUAUAUAUAUAUAUACAUAUAUAUAUAUAUAUAUAUAUAUAUAUAUAAUUAUAUUUAUAUGUAUAUAUAGUUUAUGAUAAAUUGAAAAUUAUUUGUUCUGGAAAAUAAAAUAUCAUUAACUUUU